CUUGAUAGCGAACAUUUUAGGGUUAGCAAUCCUGCUCCGUCCUCGCGCACUUGUUGGCACGCCUGGCACGAGGAAAACAAAGCUUGACAAUUAGAGGAAGUUAAAGGUGUCUUCUCCUUCCUGCUCGAUUAAACCUGGAAAAAGGCAGAUAAAAACGGGUUCAUAAGAAAUGAGAGAAGGAUGAGCGACCAGCGCCUACAGGAGACUUGGACCUCCUUUGCACAAACAGAACCUGGAAAUGUCAUAGAGCGACAGAACCGCCUGGAUGAGUUCUUGGGGCUGCUGCUGUCCUCAGCUGAGGAAAAAGUGCCAUUAUCAAAUCUCCUUCAUUUUAGUGAUAUCGGAAGUGUAGUGAGCCUGUUAGGUGGUCAGUUCCUGGCAGAUAUAGAACACAUCUGCCUUGGCUCUGCCAGCUAUGACAGUGAUGCGUCUUCAUCUAGUGCUACAUCUCGUUCUGUAGAAUCAAUAAUAAGUGAUACAUCCCAUGUUAGUGAUGCAUCUGGGGGCUGCAGACCCAGAGUGUCCAAAAAAGCCAGCAAUGGGCGAUCUCCCUUGGUCAGGGAUUGUGUCGAGUCCACAAACAUCCAUGACAUUGGAAACAAGUAUCAGAAAGAUAUUACUGCUCUUAGUGAGACCACAAGAGACCUAAGCAUCAGCACUGAUACCAAGUGUGUGAGUGUAGUGGAAGAUAAUUAUACCUGUACAGAAAUCAGGACAAAAGAAAACAAAGAGUUUACUAAUGGUGGGGAGGAGAGUGAUGUGGUAAAGGAAGACACAUGGGUGAGCAAAGAGCUUCAUGCAGAAAAGUGUCAGAAUGAAUCUCUGUGUGAACACAAUGGAACUUGUAAUAACAAUAGCCAAGAUGAUUCUCACCAAGACAGUGCAAAUGCUAUCUUAAACGGAAAAGGUGCUCGACUUGCUUAUACCGAAAGUGCAAUACCCAAUGCCAAUUCCAAUAAGAAUGAGGGGUUGGUCCACUCCUCAAGGGAGCAGAGUGAUCCCAUCUUCACCUCCAAUCAAUCAAAUCUCAACUCCAGUCAGUCUGCUCCGGCAUCAACCUCCAGUCACUCUGACCAUGACCUGCAGCCCCCUCAGAAUGCAGCAUCAGAGACUGUUCAGGGGCACGAGGCCCAGAAUGCAGCUACCCUGAAGCGUUAUCUUCUCCAAGGAUGUGGUGCAAAAAUAUUAGUUGUCCUGGAUCAACUCGGCGUCACGAUCAGUAUUUUAAAGGAUGUUGUUGGAGGACAUGUUAGCUACAGUUUUUGGGUGUCAUUCAUCGGGGUCCUUUUCUUCUUUCAAACUGUGAAUGAAAUAUUAUUAGGACUUCAUGACACAUGCAAUUGCAGCACUGAUGCAACUCUUACGUUAUCCAAAGUAUUUAGUCCAUGUGUACAUCACUGGGUAAUAGAAAUAGAAAACUCUGUCAUGUAUACAGUGUUUCUAAUAUUAGUGCUGCAUGUGUUUCAGUUCUUGAAACUUAGAAUGUGCCAUAAUAAAAUAUUUAUUGUCCAGACAAAAAGCCAAAUAGAACAAAGAAGUAAGAAACUCAUUUUCCCUUAUUAUGUCGCACGCUUGCACUUGAAGGCUAAUAUCUCAUGCAAAUCUCCGCUUGUCAAAAAGUUGAAGAUUAUAGCAGUUCAUGGCAUUAUACUUGGAGGCUAUGU